UUCUAUAUAUAAAAUAAUUAUAAUAAUAAUAAUUAUUAAACGAUCCCCUCUAUAAGAGAUUAACGCAUAGAAAAUUAUUGUCUUUUAUUUUUGUAUUCUAAUCGAAUUUGAAUUUGUGUAUUAAUUUGCAGACAUAUUAAAAAACGUGGGGGACGAUGUUGUGCAGUCCCGCGUUACUCGUCGUAGCUGUUCUAGGAACAACAACGAUGGGUCAAGAAUACAUAGGACAUGCCCUGUUCGUGAGAACAUCGGACGACGUCGUUGAUGCUGCACACUCGAGAGUCCAGCGAGCUGCACCAACGUCGACUGCAGACGUGAUGGCACAAAAUAUCCUAGAGUGGAUUCAAGGGAUCUACCGACAGGGCGCACGUAAAAUACGACAACAAUCGGACAAUGGUUACCUGCCACCGUAUAGCACACAAAGACCUCCGGAAAAGCCUCGACCUUUUCAACCAGCAACCAUCAACCAUGUACAACAACAACAAGAAUCUUCUUUUUCUUUGAGCCACAACGAAGUGACCAAUUAUCCUUAUCAAGGACCAUCAUCCUUAUACACACCGUCCAAUGUGCCAUCAUCCUUAUACACACCAUCCAAUGUACCAUCAUUUUCCUCAUCUUCUGAGAGUGACACUACUUCACAUAGUUUAUCAACACCAAAUACACUUUAUGGUUCACCAAGUAGUUUACGUCCAUCCUCCACUUACAUACCGCAAAACAAUUAUGGUAGUUCUCCUACAUUUAAUCCACGACCAUCCUAUGGUCCGGGUUCUUCAACUUUCCCUCCUUUCGGAAGUACAACUGGGUCCAGUCUCAACUAUCAGAGUUCUACGAGUGCUAGACCUGGAACUUUUCCUUCCUCAACACCCUCAACAGCAUACUCAUCGACCUAUUUACCACCACAAUAUACUGGAUUCCCAUCGAGCAAUCCAAGCACACCAAGACCAACUUCUACAUCAUUGCCACCUAAAGUAUCACAACCAGUUGGUGGUGGUGGUGGUUAUCCUUCUCAGCCAGGUGGUUUCUCGACUACUUAUUUACCACCAAAAACCAGUGCCUUUCCUUCAAGUACUCCAACUGGUUCUCCAUCAGCCGGUUACCCCUCUCCUUCUGGGUUUACAACCCCUUAUGGAUAUACUACUCAAAGACCUGGAUUCUCAUCAACUGGUACUGUUGCUGGUAGUACUUACAAUUCUCAAAGUGGUUACAGUUCUCAAGCUGGUUACAGUUCUCAAGCUGGUUACAGUUCUCAAGCUGGUUACGUUUCUCAACCAUCCCCUAGACCAAGUUUCCCAACACCCGGUACAACAGGCAUCGUAGAUGGUUCUGCUGGUUACACUUAUUCUACACCUAAUCCAACAUCCGUAUCAACUUCAACUAGUGAUACUGAAGUAAUAUCGAGUACCGAGGUUGACGAUGAUCUCAAACAUCCGCCGCAUAUUCAUAAUAUCUCGGUUGAAUGUGGAAAGACCAUGAUGACGAUUAAUAUUGAAUUUAAUCGUGCUUUCGACGGCGUGAUUUAUUCUAAGGGUUUCUUCAUGAAUCCUGAUUGUAGAUACGUCGAACAAAAUUCCGGAAGAACAGAAUACUCUUUCACAGUUAGCUUGGAUUCUUGUGGUACCCAAUUCAUCAAUGAUUUUGAGGGUGAAGCUGGUCAAGCGUAUCUUGAAAACGUGUUGGUCUUGCAGAACGAGCCAGGUAUACAAGAGGUAUGGGACACUGUACGAAGAGUACGUUGUCUUUGGGAAGGUAAUAUCAACAAGGCCCUUUCGGUAAAUUUAUCUGUGGACAUGCUUAAUCAAGAAAUCGUUACGUUCAGCGGUGAUACGGCGGUUGCUAAAUUAGAUAUACAAAUUGGGAAAGGUCCGUUUGCUCCUAUGGCUGAUGGUUUAGUCAAAAUAGGAGAAACCAUGACAUUGGUUGUAACUGUCGAAGGUGAUCCAGCUUUCGAUCUUCAGGUACGUGAUUGCAUAGCACGAGACGAAAGUUCAACGAAUAUCUUACAACUAACGGAUGAACGUGGUUGCAUCCUCAAACCAAAAUUAUUUGGUGCAUUCCAAAAAACUAACGAUACGGGUAAUACAGGUGCUUCGAUUAUCGCAUACGCAUUUUUCCAAGCUUUUAAAUUUCCCGACGUGAUGGACUUAUUUAUCGAGUGUAACGUUGAACUUUGUAAGACGGAUUGUCCAGCUUGUCCGGAAUCAAAUCAACAAAUUGAACCAGGUAGAAGACGUCGUUCGGUAGCAUAUGCACCAUCGAACAUGUCGAUGGCACCUCUAUCAGCAGAUGCAGUUAGAGUUGGGCGUGGUUUCAAAGUUAUUAUGCUUGACGAUUUGAGUGCAGUAAGUAAUCAAGUAUUGGAUAAUAUGGAGGAAUCAUCAUUUGUAAAAGAAGUUUCGAAAGAGGAGAACAUAUGUAUAAGUAAUAAUGGAUUUUAUGCUGCAUUUUCUCUUAUGUUAGGUACGCUUAUUUUAAUGACUGUUAGUGCAGCAUCAUUGCAUAUAAAAUUACAAAGAAUUUAUAGGUCAAAAUCAAUUGACACGUAGUUAAAUAUUAAAAUAUAAUUAUUUUUUUGUCUAUAAAAAAUGAAUCACACGAUUAGCAAUUGUAUUAAAAAUGAACUGAAGAGAAAUUAAUGAUUUGAAAGACUAUGAUGGAAAAUAAAAAUUAAUUCUAUUGCUAUUUAUAAUUAUUUUAAUAAUGAUACAAAUUUUAUAAUUUAAUGUUCUAUAAUAUAACAGCCAUACAAUUACAUAUCACUAAUGACUUAACAUCAUAUAAAAUGGCCCUUUUUGAAUAAAUACAUAUAUAUAAAUACAUAUAAAUAUUAUUAUGCAAUAAAUUAUGAUACUUCUUAA